UCUCUCUCUCUCUCUCUCUCUCUCUCUCUCUCUCUCUCUCUCUCUCCCACACACACAUCCCGUUCAGUCACACACACACACACAACGGGACAAUCGAGAAGACGGAGGUCCGCUACAGCUAACCGUUAACUCCACAUUUGACACCAAUAAAAGCGUAACCAUGGGGAAGGGAUGCAUCACAGCAACCAAGUACUUCCUGUUCCUGUUCAACCUCAUCUUCUUUAUCUGUGGAGUGUUGAUCAUGAGCUUUGGACUGUGGGUCCUUCUGGAUAACCAGAGCUUUAUCACUGUUCUGCAGGAGUCCUCCACCACUCUGAAAGUGGCGUCCUAUAUUCUGAUCACUGUGGGUUCUCUCUCCAUGGUUAUGGGCUUCCUGGGCUGUAUAGGAGCCAUCUACGAGAUACGCUGCCUGCUGGGCCUGUACUUCACCUGCCUCCUGCUCAUCCUCAUCGCCCAGGUUACGGCUGGCGUGCUCAUCUACUUCCAGAGAGACAGACUGCAACAGGAGAUGUCCACCAUCGUCAAGGGGAUGCUGGUCAACUACACUGGUCAGAACAGGACCACAGAACAUUCCUGGGACUAUGUACAGAGGACGAUGAAGUGUUGUGGCUGGGUGUCUCCAGGUAACUGGUUGGAGAACGUGUGGAUCAAGAACAGUUCUGUCUCGUUGUACCCCUGCUCCUGUCGGAAUGAAACCCUGCCUGGGACAGACAUGAAUGAGACUGGGCUCUGUGAACACUUGUCUGCUGACCGGCCAGUAUACCAAACGGGCUGCAUGCAUAGUGUGGAGGCCUGGCUGUUGGAGAACUGUGGAGUUAUUCUUGGAAUCUGUGUCGGGGUGGCAGUCCUAGAGCUCCUCGGUAUGAUUCUGUCCAUGUGUCUCUGUAAGAGUGUUGUCCAGGAGGAUUACACCAAAGUUCCCAAGUACUGACUAUGAAGACCAGCAAAAGUCAUGCACGCCUACACACACACACACACAGACACAGACACACAGACACACACAGACACACACACACACAGACAGACAUGCAUAGCAUAGACACACUCUCACAGUGAAACACAGAAACAAACAACUGUCUGAUACCAUUCACCCUCUCCUAGCCUGGUAACUGACCCAGUCUGAUACCAUUCACCCUCUCCUAGCCUGGUAACUGACCCAGUCUGAUACCAUUCACCCUCUCCUAGCCUGGUAACUGACCCAGUCUGGUACCAUUCACCCUCUCCUAGCCUGGUAACUGUCCCAGUCUGAUACCAUUCACCCUCUCCUAGCCUGGUAACUGACCCAGUCUGAUACCAUUCACCCUCUCCUAGCCUGGUAACUGACCCAGUCUGAUACCAUUCACCCUCUCCUAGCCUGGUAACUGACCCAGUCUGAUACCAUUCACCCUCUCCUAGCCUGGUAACUGACCCAGUCUGAUACCAUUCACCCUCUCCUAGCCUGGUAACUGACCCAGUCUGAUACCAUUCACCCUCUCCUAGCCUGGUAACUGACCCAGUCUGAUACCAUUCACCCUCUCCUAGCCUGGUAACUGACCCAGUCUGAUACCAUUCACCCUCUCCUAGCCUGGUAACUGACCCAGUCUGAUACCAUUCACCCUCUCCUAGCCUGGUAACAGCCUGGAUAGCAGUCUGUUUGGACUAUCAGACCAACGCCUUGUCACUCAUCGUCAGGCCAAUGCCUUGUCACUCAUCGUCAGGCCAACGCCUUGUCACUCAUCGUCAGGCCAACGCCUUGUCACUCAUCGUCAGGCCAAACACAACUGGCCACUGACAGCAGUGGAGUUGGCCAGGACACAAGCAGAUCUGGGAGCAGUUCUCACACAUGGCCGUGGGCUCACACACACAUCGCUGUUGUCUUCAUUAUUUUUUAAGUGACAUUAUGUUUUGUUUUUUUUCCCACUCAGAUUUAGGUAAUGAACUGAUUAAAGGUUUUAGGUUAUGAAUUCAGCUUUUGGUUUAUUACGGAGUCCUUUAAAGCCAUUAUGAUGCAAGGUUUUAUGCCCUUCUUCAGUAUUCAAACAAACACCUGUAUGUCCUGUUCUGUUCUAUUCUUGAAGCGCUUAUCGUGGUAUUUAGUUAGUAAGCAAGUUAGUUAGUUAGCUAGCUCAGUCUUUGUAAGAGCACUUUAGUGACGUUUUGUGAGCUGUUAAUCAGAGAGAGAGAGAGAGAGAUGUGGGCCUGUGCCUGAUCCAAGAUCAGCACUCCUACUAUGAAGCUAGAGAUGGAGAGAGCGAGGGAGGAGAUAGAGAGGGGAGGAGCUAGAGAUGGGAGACAGAGGGAGGAGCUAGAGAUGGGAGACAGAGGGGAGGGGCUAGAGAUGGAGAGAGAGAGAGGGGAGGAGCUAGAGAUGGAGAUAAGAGGGAGGAGCUAGAGAUGGGAUAGAGGGGAGGAGAUAGAGAGGGGAGGCUGAUGAACCAUGGUUUUUGGGGUGGAGAGGCCUGCCCUACCCAGGGCUAGACUGCUGGGGUCUCAUCAGUCUGUCCACUGAGGCUCUGAGAACCACUCAGCUCCACCUCUCUUUCUCUCCCUUACUCCAUCUCUCUCACAGGUGUGUCUGGUCUGCUUGGUCUCUGACAAAUGACUCGCUACCAAGGAGAAUGAAUAGUGUUGCAUGAAGUAUGUUAUAUACUGUAGGAUGUUAUAUGCUGUACGUGUGAUGUUUUUGUGUGUGUUUUACUUUCUUUCAUUAUUUUCCUCCUUUUUUUCCAUGUUGUUUGAAAAAAAAGUAAUGAUUGUACAUAUGACUUUAGACAGGGCUAAAUAAGUGGUCGUGUGAGUCACUGAGCUGGAUCAGUGUUCGAAACAGGAAAGAACGAGGUCGACUUAGCCCGCCCGACCGCACAGUUUUUGGUUUUCAUAAUGCUGUUGUUUUUUUUGUUUCCAUUCUUAUUGGGUACAUCGCAAAUGGCACCCUAUUCCCUAUAUAGUACACUACUUUUGACCAGGGCCCUAAUGUAUUCCCUAUGGGGUCCUGGUCAAAAGUAGUGCACUAUAUAGGGAAUAGGGAACCAUUGAAGCCUUAGACAUUGUCUCUUAUUGUUUAUGGUGUAGCUACAGCCUCUGGCCAGCAGGUGUCGCCGUUCUGCUAUCAAACAGCACAAUCUGGGGCUGAAUCAUCAGAAGCAUGGGAGCUUGGCUGUCUUUAAAUAGCUAUUAGAGCCCAGAAUGAGACUGAGACUGUUAGUCCCCUUUGGGUCUCUGGUCUCUAAUCAAACAGCGUCGCCACCAUGACUGUCAGACCAUUCCACACAAUUCACAAAUUAAAAAAUAAAUAAAAACACAGAUGACUAUCAGGAUUGGACGGAAGGAUUACAGUUUUUGUGCCCCCCCCCCCCAAAAAAAAAGUUAUGUCCUCAAGUCCCAUUAUGCAAUUCGUGAUUGUUGUCAUUCAAGUUAAUGAAGCUACAUUUCUCAUUUCAGUGUUUUUCAUGUAUCACAACGGGCCAUGAUUGUGAGGCCCAUCGGCCCAGCGUCGUCCAGGUUUGGCCCGGUGUAGGCCGUCAUUGUAAAUAAGAAUUUGUUCUUAACCGACUUGACUUGUUAAAUAAAGGUAAAAAAAAAAAAGUUAAAUCCAUUUUUUUUUUUUUUUUUUACAAAUCCAAGAGCUUUGAAAAAUCGACCAGAUGUCAACUUCCAGAACUUAACUCAGAUGAUGCUAAAAGCUUUUUAUUGUUCAAAGUUUUUUACUCAUUUACAGAAAUUCUAAAUUCUAUGUAUUUCUUUUUUUAAAAUAUGUUUUAUGUAGAGGAAUAUUUUCCUAGAGUUAGAAGCUGUUAAUUUUUUAUUUUAAAACAUUUAAGUGUUGUGAAUUUUACAUUCAGUAAUAAACUGAAUCCAUCACAAUU